GGUUACAGGGAUAUUCAUGAUCAGGAUAUCACGGGUUAAUAUAAACAGUAUAUCAAAGGUUCAUGUAAACAGUUUAUCCCCGAAUAUGACCAUAAAAGGCUCUGAUUGGUCAAUCCGACAUCUGUGGCAGUACAGCAUUUACUGAGAUGCAGCCUCCGCAGAUGUCAAGCCUUUCAUACUUCUUGCGCUGAGCAGAGCAAUUGUGAAGGAAGUUGUCGGGGAAGUUAGUGUUUAUACAGGAUGUACCGCCCCCACCUACCGUCAACCAAUCAUGUCGAUGCGGUCCUAUACGGAGCCCUCCGCAUAGUUCGGAAGGGCAAGGCGAUGCGGUCCUAUACGGAGCCCUCCGCAUAGUUCGGAAGGGCAAGGCGAUGCGGUACAGAGUUUGUCUUGCCUCUGCAUGACUACGCAAUUGCGUCACGCCCUCCAUACUAAGCCUCCGACUACAUUUUGGGAUCAAGCCUAAAUUGACAUUAAGCGGGAUAUGAGCUACUAUCAGGAAUACUGUGCGCAUGUAAACGUGGUCAUGGUCUUGAAAUGCCGGGCCAGGGUAUUGGCAGACCCAGUGUUUCCCAUGCUGUGGUGGUCAUCUUCCUGGAGUUCUUUGCCUGGGGUCUCCUUACCACUCCAAUGCUGACAGUUUUACAUGAAACUUUUCCACAGCACACGUUUCUGAUGAAUGGUCUCAUUCAAGGGGUGAAGGGUCUUCUGUCCUUCAUGAGCGCCCCUCUGAUUGGUGCCUUGUCAGACGUGUGGGGCAGACGGUCCUUCCUAUUGGUCACUGUGUUCUUCACCUGCGCCCCCAUCCCGCUUAUGAGACUCAGUCCCUGGUGGUACUUUGCAGCGAUUUCCAUGUCAGGGGCUUUCUCUGUCACCUUCUCUGUCAUCUUCGCUUAUGUCGCUGAUGUCACGGAGGAGCAUGAGAGAAGCACCGCAUACGGACUGGUAUCGGCUACGUUUGCUGCCAGUCUGGUGACGAGUCCAGCCAUCGGGGCGUACCUGUCCGCGUGUUACGGUGACAACCUGGUGGUGUUGGUGGCUACACUGGUUGCUCUGGCAGACAUCUGUUUCAUCCUGCUGGCCGUGCCAGAGUCCCUCCCGGAGAAGAUGAGGCUCAACACCUGGGGUGCACCCAUCACCUGGGAGCAGGCCGACCCCUUCCAGUCGAUGAGGAAAGUGGGGAAGGAUCCCACGGUUCUUCUCAUCUGUAUAACCGUGUUCCUGUCCUAUCUACCCGAAGCUGGCCAAUACUCCAGCUUUUUUCUCUACCUUAGACAGGUCAUUAACUUCUCAUCGGCAACGAUCGCGGUGUUCAUCGGGGUGGUUGGAAUCCUCUCCAUCAUUGCCCAGACACUUAUCCUGACAGUCUUGAUGAGAACGAUCGGGAACAAGAACACAGUUCUACUGGGGCUGGGCUUCCAGAUUCUACAGCUGGCCUGGUACGGUUUUGGGUCAGAGCCAUGGAUGAUGUGGGCAGCGGGUGCAGUAGCAGCCAUGUCUAGUAUCACUUUUCCUGCAGUGAGCGCCCUGGUGUCUCACAGCGCAGACCCAGAUAAGCAGGGUCUGGUGCAAGGAAUGAUCACUGGUAUCCGGGGCCUGUGUAACGGUCUGGGCCCAGCGCUGUAUGGCCUUAUCUUCUUCAUGUUCAACGUAGAGCUGAACACCAUUGACCCCAUCCAGGGAGAAUACCCCAUCGAUCCUAUACCUAUAAACCCACCGGCUGAGAAAUCACUGAUCCCCGGCCCUCCCUUCCUCCUGGGCUCGUGCACGGUUGUCGUGGCGUUCCUGGUAGCCUUGUUUAUCCCCGAACACACUGAUCCUCCAGUUGUAACCUGCGCAGAUUCCAAGGAAACCUCCACGCUCGCUGGCAUCCACAUCAACACCCCGUUGCCGGGCAGCGACGAGGACACGCAGGUGCCGACCAGCGAUGAGGACUUUGAGCCUCUGCUGCAGGACAGCGUCGUGUGACUGAGGGCGGGCAGCAGGCGGCUUUGGUAUUGUUACACCCAGCUAUUGGAACUACCCCAACACGCCAAUUAUGUAGCCUAUCUAUCCCCAAUGGAGGAGGAGGAGAGAGAGAGAAAGGGGGCAAUAGGGAUGGGACAGGGGCCUAGCUAACCAAACUCAAUUUUGUGUGCAACUCUGCACUGCACAACCAACCAUUAAUUCCCUGGUCUACGCCCCUGUCUCCGCCCUUACCCAAUAGGAACUAGUAAUUAUUUAUUUAUUUAAGAGGAUUUGAUAAACUGUUUAUGAUGUUGUGAUCUUUUGGGGGAUGGUUACCCCAGUGUUUUUAGUUUUUCACCUAUAGGACUCUGGACCUUGUUUUUGCUGCAAGAGUCUGAAAGGAGAGAUAGCGGAGAUGGUGGAUCCGGCGGGCAAAACUGGUUACUGGUUGUAAUCUGGUUGUAAUGAUGCCACUCCAACCAGCUUUGCCCGCUGGGGAGAUUGAGCGUUUUUUUUUUUUUUUUUUUUUUUCAAAUUUUUAUUUUUUAUAGCACUAUGUUUAAUGGAGGUAGAACAGAAAGAGCUUGCUGUGCCCUGCAUUUGAUUGCUUCAACGCAUUUUCAAACUCCACUGCGCAUCAUUUCGAUUACAAGAAGGAGAACUGUGCCAGUAGUCAACAACACUUAACAUAUUUACUUUAGAAGACUGUUCAUAGAGGAACUCUGUCACUAUGAGCAGCCGUACGAUUAUGACAUUAUUAAAAGGGCUCAGAUAUUAGUCCGAUAUUUCCAUGGGAUCUUCUGUUCACAAGCCUUACAACAACUCACAUUUUUUUCAGAGAGCACUUAUCAUAUCAUUGUCUUAUACGGGAUAGGGAGACAUGGGGGAUUAGGAUGGUAGAGUAGUUGGCAUAGGAAGAUGAGAUCUUGAUGUAAUUCUUGUACUCCCAAGAUCUCAUCUCACACUUUAUUGUGCAGAGUUUUGGUACUUGAACCACCGCUCCUAGAGAAACCGCUAAAAGUGUUACUGUACGGUGAGAACAUGGAACUACAGUAUGUUGAGGCAGAAUUGAGGUGUUAAUGAUGCCAUAAUUGUUGCUGAGCGUUAUGGUUUCAUGCAGUGCCCUGCGGUUUCUGUUCAGUCUGUGAAAUCUUGAUUGUUACUGUAUAAAAAAAAAGUUUUUUUUAUCUUGAAGAAUAUAAUUUAUAAGAUGUAUUUAUGAUGUAUUUUAUUGAUAUUAUACAUCAGGGCUGGGGGCAAUUCCAGUCAAUUUAGAAAGUAUUCCACAUUUUCCUCAUUGAAAAGCAUUGAAGAGAAUUGGAAUUCGAGUUUGAAUUUUAGUGUAUUUCCUGAAUUGACCCAACCCUGUUAUCCAUGCUGUAAAAAUAAUAUUGCUAACAUUCUGCAACAUAUUGACUGAAAUGUCUAGGCUACUUUGGUAGUAAAAAUAUUAUAUUCAACUUUGAGUGAGACACAUUUUUACUGGUUUUCAUUUUGUAAUUUUUGGGAGGAUUCUUCAUGGUCUUUUAAGUAUAACCUUACUCUGAAGUAUAUUAUAGGGGUGGAUAUAAGGUGAGGUUUCCUUUUUUAUUUGGAUGACAAAAUCAUGAAUUUCAAUCAUUGUUUUUUUUCCUUCAAUAAAUAUGUCCAAGUGUUACUAGCUAACUCAAAUUCCUUUAUUUUGAAGUCUGAUUUGAACAUCUGCAAAAGCAUCGUUAGCUCAAAUAGUUUUCACACCCCAAGAGUCAAAUUUAACCAACCCAGGGUUUAUAAAAUAUAAAUGAAGUGAAAACUAUUUCAUUCGAUCAAAUACAUGAGUUGCACAUUAUUAUGGUACACAAUCAUCCUUCUCUUUCCUGUGAGGUUGUCACAAUGUGUAAAUGUCCAUAGUUCAUGUUUUAUAUGUACAUACUGUAUUGAAUUAAAGCUGCAAUUUGUAAACUUUUUGGUCUACCUGACCAAAUGCACAUAGAAAUAUGAGUUAUAGAUCUGUCAUUCUCAUUCCAUCUAUCGAUCGAGGCUCAUGCCUGUGUUAAGUUGAAUAUUUACUGAAGGAGAUUCCUGUUUGAACACAUGAAUCGUAAAUAGCUGUCCACGGGGCAUCUGGAUUUUGAAAAGAGUAUAAUAUUAGGAAGUUCCAAAAAUGUGUCAUACUUGUAUGUGAACUUUUCAAAGUAUUUAUAUUUCAAACAAAGUGGCCAAUGGGACAGAAGACACAGCUACAUAUACAGCAUAUCUUCUUGACUGUCCCUGAAAUGAUAUGAUGGACAGCAUAUUAGGUAUACCGUUUUAUUCCAGACAAUUGAUUGGUUAUUGCCUGUGCCCAGACAGUAGAAUGUGUCAGUGCUUCUGCGUUGCCCUUACGGGUUGCCAGUCAAGUCCUUGUUUUCUAUGCUAUGGGACCUGUACACAUUGUUGAAGUGAGCAGGAGAAGGUAAAGCUUUACCAUCUGUCACCUCCAACCCCAAUCCUGUUAUGAAGUAUCUUGACCAAUAAUCCAUAAAUUGAUGUCCGAAGGUGGUUAACAGUGGGGGUAAGUUGAACCAAAGGGGUUUCUAGCAAACCAUACACAAAUGUAUAAUUUGACCAAAUAUCUAGGAAGAGGCCAUCAUUUCAUGGAGUCUGUGAAGGAAGAUACCACAUGGAAAAGGUGUUAAGCAAGCUAGAUCUAAAAUAACAAACAGAUUUUCAAGAAGUCAAAAGGAAUUUAUUGUUUGAGGUUUCAUGAAGCAAAGUAGAUCAUUUUAAGAUUGUUCUAUAUAUCAAUUGGGGUCUCUAUAAGCUUCAAUAUGAGGUCCUAAACCAAGCAUGAAAGUACAACCUUGUAGCUGUGUGGGCUAAUAUAGACUAAAUGUUUGCCUUGGGGUAAGUUGAUCCAAUGUUAAAUUGAGUAAAUGUAAGUGUUUUCUUGACCGGUUUAAUGCAACGCAUUUUCGCUGGGAUAUGAGAUAACAGGGCUUUGCCUAUGUUAAUGUAUUUGUUAGGUGUUAAGCCUGUGUUAAAAAAAUUCUUAAAACAAUUACCAGACAACAACAAAAACUAUGCUGAUUGUGUUUAUGUUUGGGAAAUAGACAUAGACAUGAUUUUAAAAAGGUAGUGUUAGCAUUUCAUUCAAUAAAGACAUUUGAAAGCACCUGAACACCCUGUCCUGUGGUUCAACUUACCCCAUACCUGGUGUAAAUUGUACCAAGAGACCACAUUCUUUGGACAAGCUAUGUUUUGGAAACUGUAAUAUUUCCCCUACUGUCAGUCAGAGUGACUGUUGUUGAAUUUCCUCCAGUAGUAUAUUGUACCCAGCCUGUAAGAGUAAAAUGAACUAUGUACAGUAUAUUAGUAUAAUGAAUUCUAUGAUGAACACUAUUGCGUUGUAAUGUAUAUGUUAUGGAAAAGUAUCUCGGGAAUGGUUGUAGUAGAUAUCUCUAUGACCGCUAUAGUUUUGGAACAGUUCUAGAACGCUUUUGCCCACGAAUCUAAAAUGCACCCAUGAAGUCUUUUUUUUGUCGCUUUUGUGUGGAGUAAAAUGAUUAGAACAUGACUUUGCUACCAUCACAACACAUCAACUUCAUAGUUGUGUUUGCAGGAUGGUUUCUAACCACGAGACAGCACAUUCCACCGUGUGUUCUUUAUGUCUGUGUCUGCACCCAGCAUCUUUACGAGGGGGUUAUUAUACAAAACGUGCCUAACAAGUGAACAUGUUCAUUUUUGAAGAUCAGAAAAAUAACUAGAAGUUUGUCCCAAAUGGCACCCUAUACCCUAUAUAGUGCCCUACUUUUGACCAGAGCCCUAUGGGCCCUGGUCAAAAAGUAGUGCACCAUGUGGGGAAUAGGGUGCAAUUUGGGGACGGAGCAUAUGUAAAAUGCUGACUGUGUACAUGGAGUGGAUGUUAUUGCUCAUGAUAGCACAAACAAAUUAGAUGUACAUGGGCUAUGUAUACAUUUUAUGUCUUGUCUUAAAAAAAUAUGGUUUAAUUAUUAAUAAAAACAACAUGACGGAA